GCGGCUCCGCAGCCGCUCCUGCUGCUCUGCCCUCCGAGGUGGCUCCUCCGCGGCCCAGGUGGGCAGCUCCACGAUGCAGUCGAAGAGGCUUACCACAGAACCUCCGUGUAUAACAGAAGAAGUGUUCGAAGAAUGCUUAGCCACAGAUGAUAUGCUUGUGGACUAUUUUAAUGAAUUUUUGAGUCUUCCGACUUUUGCCCAACCAGUGAAGUUUAACUCAGACUUUGGGGUUUUUGAAGUAGUUAAUUAUGCCCCACGACGCCUGGAAAGCCAGCUGAAAAAAAAUCUACACGAUCAGAAACCUCCAAAUCCUAUUUAUGAUGUUCUAAGGAAAGCAAAGAAUGAUGGGCAGCUCUCCAAAAUGCACAGUGCUUCUCCAACCUUCAAUAUGGAUCCAAAUUACAACACUAUGUGUCUUGAUCGAGAACAAGCAAUUCAGUGGAUUAAGAAAGAAAGGCUUCCAGCAUUUCUAGGAAGUGACUGUUACUUUGAAUACAGACUAGCUAAAUUGAUAUCUCAGGUAGAAUGGAGCAAGACUGGCAUGAAUUUCAUUAUAGAUAGUGACUACGAUCCCUGGAUAAGGAAGCAAGACCUAAGUUCCCCCCAUCCUGAGGAAGAUGACACUUCAUUGACCAUGAAGAAGUUCUAUGUAUCACUUGGCCAGGCUACAGUUUCUCAGGUGAAGGAUUGGUUUACAUUAGCAAAACAAGGUGAUUCCAUGAGAACUACAGACUCAUCUACACACCCUGUAGCUUCUAGUCAAAUUCAAAAUAUUCAGUAUGAAAGAGACAAAUCAUCAAGUGAAAAAGAUAGCCUUCUGGAAGCAGGUUCCCUGUCUAAGGAAUGCCAACAAGAGAGUUUCCUUUCCCCUUCAAGGACUGCAUCUGCAAAAGCUGAUGCUACUAGUGAGAGACCCAGCGAGGCUGAGGAGGGCUCUUCUGUGGCCAUUGCUGAACCUCCUUCCCACAGGCAGUUAAGAGUUUAUCUAGACCCAAAAUGGGACAGUGAAGCAAAAGAAGAAAAUGAACAGGAAAGAACAACUUCUCAGAAAUCAGAAGAAUUCAUGCCAGCUUAUACUCAAAAGGAACCCAUUUCAGAACUGACUCACCAGCCAGCUGGUGACAGUGUUGCCCAUAGUAGUGCAGAGUCACGCUUUAAACAAAGUUCUUCUCCACUUACUGCCUUGGACUCCAAGGGAGAUGUAAGAAAACGAGAUCCUGAAGAAGUAAGUUUAAGUUCAAGUUCUGAAAGUGGUGGGCCAGACAGCAGGGCUGCCUGGUGUAUCAGUCACGGGACUUACGACACUGGCAACAGACAUGAGUUUGAAAGAUUCAAGAAGUUCAUUAAAGGAACACUUGGGGAGAGGUACUGGUGGCUCUGGAUGGAUAUUGAAAGACUAAAGGCUCUUAAGAACACUACAAGGCAGCAAAGGCAUCUCAGUAAGAUGAAAAAACUGUACCUGCUGAGCAGUGGAGACUAUUUCCUCACUUCAGAAAUAUUACUCAGACUUGAUCUACUGCAUGGAGAUCAGUGGAAUAUAUGGCAUUUAAGACAGAUUCAGCCUGAAGUAGUGAAACCUUUACUUCUUUACUGGGGCCCCAGAUUUUGUGUCACUCAUUCAAAAGCAAUAGAAGCUGCUAGUGCAAAACUGAAGUUCUGGCACACGUGUCAAGAGAGACCAAGGGUGGACAUUGAUCCUUUCCCACAACUAGUGUCAUUGUUACCACUGACCCAAAAGUCUUGCAUACCUGGGAUACAACCUUCCCUUCUUCGGAGAUCAUCAAGAUUACUACCUACCCUGACAUCAAGUCAGAGUACCCAACAGGAUGACAUUCCUAGCAGUAGAAUGUGGUCAAAGUCAGUGAGCACAGACAUGAUUCAUUGCUUAGCUUUGGAUGGCACCAAAGAUUCAAGGUACCAAGGUUAUAGAAAGUACACCUAUGCUGAGUUGCUCCGUGGGAAAAGUGCUGCUGGCAGUGUUGUCUUAGGGGGAUCAAGAAUGGAAAGCAUGCUGCAGUCUCUUUAUUUGGAGAACAGAGCAGGCUACUACUUCACACAAUUCUGUGAGGAGUCCGGGAAUAAGUUGUGGAAGAACUGUGUGUACUUUUGGUUCGACCUACAGGCUUAUCAUCAGCUUUUUUACCAAGAAACUCUUCAACCUUUUCAAAUAUGCAAGCAAGCUCAAUUCCUUUAUGCAACUUACAUUGCCCCAUCUGCCAGUAUGGACAUUGGACUUCAUCAGAAUAAGAGAAACACGAUUUAUCAGAAAAUGGACCCGGCUUUUGAGGACCUUUUUGACCCAGCAGAAGAAUAUAUUCUCACUAUUCUCCUAGAACCAUGGAUGAAGAUGGUGGAAGCAGACAAAUAUACUUAUGGAAAGGUGGAGUUGGUGGGAGAAACUCGACAGCUGGACUCUGUGUGCUUUACAAAGCUCCAGGCUUUGCAUGAAGUGAGUGGUUCCAAGAAGGAUGAGAGUACUGUUGCCGACUCUGGUCUGCCAUCCUUCCCUGAUGAUCAGUACUUGUAUCAAGUUCCCAAAGGAUUGGCAGGUCCUAGUCUGUCUGACCUGAUCCACGACAAAGAGAAGUUAAAACAGUUCCGGGCUUUCCUUAAUGAGCAUUCUGCUGGCAUGGAUCUCAUGUGUUGGCUUGAUAUUGAAGAGUUCAGAAAGAUGCUCCACAAGGAUAAAGAAAAAAGCAAUGAAAUGUCUAAGGACAUUGGAAACAAGUACUUAAAUGAUGAGUACUUCUUUGGACCCAACAGCCCAGCUACCAGAGAGCAACAAGAAAAGCUAACGCAUUCAGGUGGAGGAAGGAGACAAAUCCUUCAUGAUCAGCUUUCGGCAGCGGUUCUGCUAGAAGUUCAGAAAUGCGUCCAGAAGAGAUUAGAAAAACAAUGGCUGCCAUUGUUCCUGGCAGAUGAACACCGUGGGGUGGAGGGACAAGCAAAGAUAAGGGACAUAACUGAAGAUCUUUUACACAAAGACCAGCAGAAGACGACCAGGAUAUGGAAGCAUAUGGACAAUAAGUGUGUUUCUUCAUCUAAUGAAAUAAUUGCUUUCCGCAAAGCACUGCUGGAUCCGGUGACAGCAAGUCUUUUUCAACGCUUUGUGUCACUGCAAGGAGACCUGCUGGGGAAUGGAGUGCUCUUUUGGCAAGAAGUGCAAAAGUAUAAGGAUUUGUGCCAUUCUCACUGUGCUGAUGCCAUAGUCCAGAAAAAGAUCACAGCUAUUAUCAACUGCUUUAUUAAUUCUGCCAUACCGCCAGCUUUGCAAAUUGACAUCCCACCUGAACAAGCAAAGAAGAUUUUGGAGCGCAGGAAAGAACUAGGACCUUACAUUUUUAGAGAGGCACAGAUGAGUGUUUUUGCUCUUCUGUUUAAAUUUUGGCCAGAGUUUUGUAAGUUGCAAAGCAAUGUGGAUAGUGAAAAAAUUCUACUCGCCUUGGAGAGAGAAAAAGAAAAAAAGAUGCGAAAGAAGCAAGGGAUAACAGCAAAGGGUAAAGAAGCGGAGAGAAAACUCAUCAACUUGACUCAACUGUCAGGGAGAGCCUUGACUCAACUGCAGAAGAGUGCCUUGACUCAACUGCAGAAGAGUGCCUUGACUCAGCUGCCAAGGAGUGCCUUGACUCAAAUGCCAAAGGGUUCCUUGACUCAACUGCCAAAGGGUGUUUUGGUAGAUCAGAUUGACCUGAAGAGAGAAUCAGCACCAUCUUUAGAUGGAUUUGGAUGGGAGGCUUCCUGGUCCUAUUCCAAGUACAUAGAAGCCUUGGAGCAGGAGAGAAUACUCAUUAAAAGGGAAGAAGAUCUGGAGGAAACAUCAUCAUUCCUUUCAGGUUCCUUGUCUGUGUCCUCCCUGAAUCCUGAUGAAAUGAAAGACACCAUUUCUACAAAGCGCAAACACUCAAAUGUUCCCAAGACACAGGAAGUGAGUACCAGACUGCCAACGAGUGUGCUUUGAAAUGUGGAUUCUUAAAGCCCGUUUUCCUGCUGACAGUGCUGAUGCUCAUUAGUACCAAGUUAUCCCACUCCAAAUCAUGUUUAAGUGAAGCUGUACAGCCUCAAUAUGAAGACAAGAUUAUUUUUCAUUCCAACCACAGUUAGCAGACCUGGUGUAGACCUGUUGGAAUUUUGUUGCAAAAUGGUAGUAUCUGAAAUUAGUCUGUCUAAGCUUUCCAGUUAAGGUAUUUUAAAUAGGAGCAUGAGAUGACUGGAGAAAUCUCAGACCCCAUGGAGUGACUGGCAAGAAUCUGACACAGAACUAGCAAUAGAUCGAUCAUCUCUACCAAAGCCAAUUAAAUAUUAGAAUGAGAGAAAGAAGUAGGACAGCAAAGAGAUCUGAUAAAGACAAAAAAACGUAUUUUGCUUCAAAGCUUGAAUUCCUAGAAGGAAUAAUCUCCUGGAGGUUUUGUUUUGUUUUGUUUUUUAAGCCUAUGCUGAAAUUACCUGGACUGAAAAAAAUUAAUAGAACUUGGACUAUUGCUUCCCUUCCUUCUCUGCUCCUCCUUUCUCCUCUAAUUAUGUACUAAGCACUGCUAUUUUACGCAAGUUGGUGUCCUGCCUUCACUAGUCCUCCUGAAUUUCUAAGUGUCUGAACAUAAUCUUCCUGUGGCAGCAUAUUCUAUAUGUGAUUUCAGAGAAAACUGCAGCAUUCCUUGGUCUUCCCUCACGUUCUCUUUCUGCCCUCUUAUCACGUCCUCUAGUUGCAGUUAAAGUAUUCCAUCCGCACAGGUGUGACUGUAUUUUGUACAUCUUUGCCUUCUGUACCACCGUUCUGCACCCCACGUCAUAGUAGGGAGUCCUGGCACAGGGGCUUUGCUCCCUCUCUGUGGAUCAGAAACCUCCAGGUGGGCCCUGUGACCAGAGGGCCCACAAGGCAGCUGCAGUCCUUGCUGCAGACCAGCCCAGAUGUCCUCUUGUUCCAGACCUGAGAGCUGCAUUCCUGCCAGGCAUCAGGCUGUGGUACAAGAGGCUAAUGCAAUGAGAAAUUCAAGGUCCUGAGUGAUUUGAGAGGUCUCUCCCAUCAGCUUCAGUUGCAGCCCACUCUAAUGCCACUGGAAAUUUGCCUGCCCUGCUCAGUCCCUCAUAAUAGCUCAAGUGUCCCUACUGCCUUUGAGUGGUUUCCUCUUCUUCCACCAUGACCCUUUGGGCAUUUGCCUCAGCUGUGCUACACGAGACCACUGUUCCUCCUGACGGGCAGUUUCCCUCCACUUUGUUACUGAGAAGGUAACCUUGUCUGUUGGGGAUAAAUGGCAAAGUGCUGGCAGGAGAAGGGCUGUAAGCAGAGGCCAGGGCUGCCCUGUGCCUGGCACAGCCAGUUCCAAUUGUAUCCAUCAUAGGAUAUGGCUGAUUCCCUCAGGCAAGACGGUGGCACCUUGGGGAAACACAUUUUAGAAAGAGCAAAGAAAUCUAGAGAGGAGAGGAUGGAAUAAAAAGAGUGAUAAACAACAGAGGGAAUACCAAGGCCAGAGGAGGAGGUGGAAGAGGAGGUUGGGGAGCAGGUUGAGAAGGAGGUACUCUGUGUUGGAGCAGACAUUCCUUCAGUCUAUAGAGGACCCAGGCUGCAGCAGAGGAAAAGAGUGAGAAGGAAGAAGGAGCUUCACAGUGCCACACUGAAGGGACUGAGUGCAACUGGUGGUGAUAGCAAGGAGGAGAGGAGAAGUGCUUGGAGUGAACUUGAACCUGGAAAAGGUGGAGAAAAAGUGUUUUCUCCAAGUGUGUAAAUGCUAGCUUCUUCUUUUCCCC